ACUGUUGCUAUAUAAGCCGAGACCCUGCGUCUGGUUGGGCAUCAGUUGCAUUUGUUCCAUUCAACAAGUAAAACAAUCUAGAACCGAAUCCUCCAAGAUGUUCAAGUUCGUCGCCGCCGUUGUCCUCGCUCUGAUUGCCUGCGCUGCCGCCAAGCCCGGCAUCGUGGCUCCCCUGGUCUACUCCGCACCCUACGUGGCUGCCUCGCCCUACGUGGCGGCGUCUCCGUACGUGGCAGCAUCUCCUUAUGUGGCAUCGCCCUACGUCGCCUCUCCGUACUCGGCCGCCUACGCUGCUCCUUACACCGCUGCCUACACCGCUGCCUACGCCUCUCCCUACGCCGCCGCCUACACAGCACCCUAUGCCGCAUACACCUCUCCCCUGCUGCUGAAGAAGUAGAGAGCACGCCGGAAGUGCCACCCGAACGGCCGCACCCACCUGUAGCACCUGUAGC